UACCGGUAAGGGCAAAAGUGCCAAUUCUGCACGGGAAAAAAAAUAGCCAAGCGCGGUGCACUGCGCGCGAAUUAAGCCAGAACUGGCCGUACUCACGGUCUAUGCUGCGUUGAAUUGAUGUUGCAUGACUUGCCUGAUCGAUCCAAUUUUCAGGCUAAUGUACGCGACUCCUAGUGGGACUGCCUCUCGUAAGAGCCGAUCAGCCUUCAGGCAUUAGCAAAGCAGGGGCGUUUCAUUCUUUACUUACAGACGGUGUAAAACGUCAACGCCGGUUGUUGCAAUUCCAAGCAAUUUUCUUGCAUUCCAAUUGCUCCUUGUCUUGUCUUUUAUUUUACCGCUAAAUGCUAGUGCUAUCGGGGUGCUGCUUAAAUAAAUGUGAUUAACCGUUUAGUGCCCUUGUUAAUUUGAUGUUUAUAAAUGGCCUCGUCUUAGCCAAAGAUUGGUCUUAACCGAGUUAUGUAUGGGUCGAGGCAGAAAAUGGGUUACAGUGACACAAUAUCUCGCUAGGCUGCUGUAACGCGUUGCGACUCGCUGUGGUUUGGAUUCAGCGCUGAGCUGCUAUGUACUAAGUACCGGCGCUGAGUGGCGGUGUCACAUCAUUUAGACUCUUCUCUCCGCAGCCAUCUCAUUCACAGAAGUCUUGCUGAUUCACUGCUUCCCGCAGACACAGGAGGAGGGGGUUGGGGGGGAAACACGCACAAGAAACAGUCAGGGGGAAACAUGCAGCGCCAGUUGGACCUUGUCAAGUGGUCACCAGACUAUGGAGGAAGAUAAGUUGUAAGACAUCCUACCUUUGCUGCUCUUGGCUUUCUGCCGCAGCUUCGACUGUGAAACUAAUCCUAGAUCCGCCUCCUCUCACUCUCUCUCUCUCUCUCGCGCGCGCUUUACAUCGGGGACCGCGUUUAAGAAAUGUAACGGGAGCCUUUGACUCGGGGAGCAUCGUCCUGAAGAGCCCGCUGCCGGACAGAGGACCUUCUGUUACUAUGCUUUAACCGCGGCGCUGAGAGACGGCUGCCCGCCCGAGUUAAUAUGCAGUAAGUUGUCGCUGACUGCAGGUGAACGGGAAUGGACCUCGGGAACGCAAGUGGGACCAGGUGUAGAUCCCACUAGAGCGCAGUCCGACCUAGGAACGGGUUGGAGGAUUCACCGGGACCCGGAGAUAUACUGACUGACAUCGGAGGAACACUUGUUAUCCCGCACAUCAGACAUCUCGCUGUACACCUGGAAGGGAUCAACCUUGCUUAGGCACAGUUUUUUAAUCUGACCGGUAAAUCAUCUGUUAGAUGACGUCACCGCCCGGCGUGGCGUUGCGUGAUGACGUCAUCGCCCGAUGCUGUGCGACGCCCAAAUUCAGUCGGCCUGCCUCCUGCCCAGCUGAUUGGCCGGCAUUGCUCUCUGUGCUGCAGCACAUGGAUUUCAGGAUUGCGGCUGAGGAGACAAAGACAGGAAUUUGUUUGCUCCAAGAUGGUUCUCAAGAGCCCUUUGAAGUGCGAUUGCACUUAGCAAAGGACAUUUUAACAAUUCAGGAGCAAGACGUUAUCAAUGUGUCAAGCGAAGCCUUCUAUUCCAGUGAAAGAACUGUUACAAUUAGAAGACAGGCGAUUGGUGGAUUUGGACUGAGCAUAAAGGGUGGAGCAGAGCACAAUAUUCCAGUCAUAGUUUCAAAAAUCUCAAAAGAACAAAGAGCUGAUCUAUCCGGUUUACUGUUUAUCGGAGAUGCUAUCCUUCAGAUAAAUGGAAUAAAUGUUAGAAAUUGCAAACAUGAAGAAGUGGUUCAAGUUUUGCGUAAUGCUGGAGAGGAAGUAACUCUUACAGUGUCAUUUCUAAAAAGAGCACCUGCCUUCCUGAAGCUUCCACUGUAUGAAGACUGCACAUGUCUCCCCAGUGAUCAGAGCAGUGGCACAUCUUCUCCACUUUGCGACAGUGGAUUACAUCUUAACUAUCACCCUAACAAUACAGAUUCAUUGUCAUGUUCUUCAUGGCCGACAUCUUCAGGUCAGAAGUGGGAGAAGAGAUGGUGUGAUCUGCAGUUAAUUCCUCUCCUUCAUUCUCGUCUGUCACACCAUAUUCCAGGAACUGAUAUUUCCAGGCAGAAUGCAUUUCAAGUCAUUGCUGUGGAUGGAGUGUGCAGCGGUGUUAUUCAGUGCCUCACUGGUGAAGACUGCGUAGAUUGGCUGCAAGCACUUGCAAUUAAUAUAUCCAACCUUACCAAGCACAAUAUUAAAAAGAUAAACAGAAAUUUUCCAGUAAAUCAACAGAUAGUCUACAUGGGCUGGGUGGAAGACCGGGACCCAGAUUCGCUACAGGAAAAGCUAUAUACACCAAAGUAUCUAGCCGUGAGAGGCGCUUGCUUAUACACAUUUGCAACACCUCCAGUGACGACGUGGGAUUGGACAAAAGCUGUGAAAAGCUACACAGUUUAUGAAAUAAUGUGCAAAAUCCUUAAGGACAGUGAUCUGUGGGAUCGCCGAAAGCACUGUUUUAGUGUUCAGACAGAAACUGGAGAGGACCUAGUCUUCAGCGUGGAAUUAGAAUACGAACUCAUUCUCUGGGAAAAGGCAUUUCAGACAGCAACUUUCUUGGAGGUGGAACGAAUACAGUGCAAGACCUAUGCCUGUGUGCUAGAGAGUCAUCUCAUGGGACUGACAAUAGACUUCAACUUGGGUUUUGUUUGCUUUGAUGCUGCAUCAAAGGCUGUUAUCUGGAGAUACAAAUUUUCACAGCUGAAGGGUUCUUCAGAUGAUGGCAAAAGCAAGAUUAAGUUUUUAUUCCAGAGCAUUGACAUUAAACAAAUUGAAGCAAAGCAGGAGCUAGAAUUUUCCAACCUUUUUGCUGUAUUGCAUUGUAUACACUCCUUCCUUGCUGCCAAAGUAGCUUGUCUGGACCCUCUCUAUGUUGGAAGUCAGACUGGCGCUGGGAAGACCAAGUACAAUAACUGACAAACCCCUGUCUUUCUAACCAGUUUUGGAGAGUCAUUACUGUUGAAGAUAAAUAUUUAAUACAGUUCAGCCAUGUGAGAUUUCAAUGCAAGGCUCCUAUUUCAGGAGAAGAUGUGUCAGUUACAAUUGCUCUCCUCGGUUAUAAUUGCUCCGAAGUUGUAAACUAUUACUGAAUGAGAUGGACUGAAAUCGCACAGGCUGCAGCCACUGUAUGAAAUGAAGUGAAGUCUCAAGGGAACACAGACAUGAUCGUUUUUCCCAUUUUAUUCCUGAGCUCAAGCUUCCUCAUGGAUUCUAACCUGAAGAUUGUCACGGCAAACUUCUUGAACGACGGGAGUCAUUGAAGCAAUUAAUGUACACGUUUCUUAAAGGCCAUAUCUCUGCAUAAGCAACCCAGCAAUCAACUGUACAUCUGUAGUUCCAAAGAUGGAAGUUUUUAACAA